AUGAGGGAGAAGUCAAAGGAAGAGGCAGUGAAGAACUGGGAGAAGAAGAAGAAGUCUUCUUCACCAAAAGGAGUUGGGGAGUUUGUAAAAAAGAAGAGAGGAACGUUCUACAUUAUUGGAAAAUGUAUUACUAUGCUUCUUUGUUCGCACGAGUAA